CUUGAUUGUUGCUGAUGAGAGAGCAUCUCAUGAGCGUAACUUUUAUGAUUGACAGUUCUCAACUUUCAGCACGAGCGUCAAACAUUCCCGCCACCUCAAUAAGAAAUCUCAGGUGGCAAGUAAUUUUUCAACUUGAUAAGGUCAUCAUUAGCGUUGCAACAUUUUACAGGUUUGUCAAGUUAGUGAAAGAAGCAACCUCAUUCUGUAGAUGUUGAUAACAUCUUUCAGGAGCCAUAGCUGACGUUGGGUAGCUAACAGAUCGCUUGCUGACAUUGCAAGAAAUGUUAUUUCCCCUGCCCCAUUUAUUAACUGGUAGCUUAUAACGUUAGCUAGCAGCUAUCUCGCUGAAACAAAAAAAAACAUCUAGUUCAAGAGCUACUAGUAGCUACAUUGCGCUAAUCAAGAUGAAAGCCGCCGAGGAUCAAGUUGUGGAGGAUGAGGCCGGAUACCAAGACGAUGAGGAGUCAUUUUUCCAAGACAUAGACACCCUACAGAAGCAUGGAAUUAACAUGGCAGAUUUAAAGAAGCUAAAGUCUGUGGGUAUCUGCACAGUAAAGGGGAUCCAGAUGACCACACGCAGAGCCCUGUGUAACAUCAAGGGUCUUUCAGAAGCAAAGGUGGACAAGAUCAAAGAGGCUGCUGGGAAAAUUCUGACCAAUGGUUUCCUGACAGCAUUUGAAUAUAGUGCGAAGAGGAAACAAGUGUUCCACGUCAUGACUGGAAGCCUGGAGUUUGAUAAACUACUUGGGGGAGGUAUGGAGAGCAUGGCAAUCACUGAGGCAUUUGGAGAGUUUCGGACAGGCAAGACCCAGCUCUCUCAUACACUAUGUGUCACAGCCCAGCUUCCUGGAGAGGACGGCUACACAGGAGGAAAAGUCAUCUUCAUCGACACAGAGAACACCUUUCGUCCAGACAGACUGAAGGACAUAGCAGACAGGUUCAAUGUCGACCAUGAUGCUGUGCUGGACAAUGUGUUAUACGCCCGAGCCUACACCAGUGAACACCAGAUGGAGCUGUUGGAUUUUGUGGCGGCCAAAUUCCACGAGGAGGGUGGUGUCUUCAAACUUCUGAUCAUAGACUCCAUCAUGGCUCUGUUCCGGGUAGAUUUCUCUGGCCGAGGGGAGCUGGCAGAGAGACAGCAGAAGCUGGCCCAGAUGCUCUCCCGUCUGCAGAAGAUCUCUGAAGAGUACAACGUUGCAGUGUUUGUCACCAACCAGAUGACUGCAGACCCUGGAGCUGGGAUGUCGUUCCAAGCUGAUCCCAAGAAGCCGAUUGGAGGGCACAUCCUGGCGCAUGCGUCCACCACACGAAUCAGCUUGAGGAAAGGACGCGGAGAGUUGAGAAUUGCCAAGAUAUUUGACAGUCCUGAUAUGCCUGAGAACGAGGCCACUUUCGCCAUCACUCCAGGGGGAAUUGCUGAUGCCAAAGAGUGAAAGACCCUCAUGGAUUUACAAGUAGAAGAGAGGAACCACAUACAGUUCUAGGCAGAUUUUAGCAAAUCGUAAUUUUUUGAAUUCUGAUGAAGACUAUUUGUACUAUUUGGUGUUUAUAUGUAAAGUGCCUUCAGAAAGUAUUUAUACCCCUAGACUCUUCCCACAUUUUGUUGUGUUACAAAUUGUGAUUAAAAUAGAUUUAAUUGUCAUUUGUUUUUGUUAACGAUCUACACAAAAUACACUGUAAUGUCAAAGUGGAAGAAAAAUGUUAACAUUUGUAUUAAAAAAAGGGGAAAAAAUGGUUUUGAUUGUUUUUGCGACUGCACUUGAAGAAAUUGAUGGGUUCAUGAUAGGGGCUGCACCAAAUGAUUGAUGUAGUAUAAUAAUUGAUUAUGCAUAUGUUGUAUUAAUAGAAGGGGCAAGGGCUAUAAGACCCCUCCCCCACUACAUUUAUAGGGUCCUGGACUACAGAUUAGCAAUAUAUAUGCAUUAUAAGGUUUAAUAUUGUUCCACAGUUCUUUUCUAGUCUCUACCUCUUAUACGAAACGGUCUGAGAGAUGUGUGAGUUAUUGCAGUCAAAACAGGGUGUCUGUGAGAAAGCACCUCAAGGCUAAAAGAGAUUCAUAGACACAGAACCCUGCAGGGGAGUGAAGGAGAGAUAAGAGACAAGUCAGACAUACCACUGUAAGCCACACGGGAGUGGAAAAUUACUGCUGAGCCCGUAGAAAACACUGGAACUAUUGUUCUCUCCUGCAAGUUUGUAUAAAUGUAUAUGCAUGGGCUUGGUCUCAUGAGUAGAAGGUGUUGACGUAGGCAGUUUCAUCGCUAGGGGUUGACUGCAAGCAUAUUAAAGCAACUUGGACCUUUCCUAUUUUGAAGAACUUACUCGGAAACAUGCGUGCUAUGUUCCCGUUGUCAACUUCUGUCUGCAAUUGCAUUAAUAAAAGUUUUGAUUGACUUACUUAAA